AUGAGAACGGGUGCCAGUGACAUGCCGUUGCAGCUUGAAUUUGACUACAGGUUCAGUAGAGCGAUCAAAGAACGCUUAAAAAGACAGUGCUCUACACCAUAUUCAUACUGUACUAGCUCUAGUUCAUACUACCCACACACCUUUGUAUCUGCAAGCUACUCUGACCUUCCGAAAUUACGUCCCCCAAAGACAAACAAGCUAACUAGUCAACAAGUUCGCGAGAUGAGGAAUUGGAGAGCUGUCCACGGUCAAAAUGUUCCCCCAAAAACGGUGCGCAAUAUGACGACCAAAGACAACCCAGGAACUCUCCCGAUUAAUCUAUAUGCGGUGGGCCCACCAGAUGUCCAGCCACUUGAUUUAACCAAAUUAGGAGACCACCAUUCAGUGCAACAAAUGCCACAGAAAGAAGUGUGUUAAGGUGGCUCCGUAAUUGAUACAAGAGCACUUAGCUGUGACAAAUUUUCCGUCAUAACUUUUUCGAUUUUAACGCGAUGGCUGCGAAACUUUACAAAAAACAACAGAUAUCAUUCCGCAAUAAAACGAAAUAUUCCGAUUUCAUUGAUGGUAAAUAUUUCUUGAGAAAUUAGCGCUUAAAAGGACCCUACUGUUCAAAGAAAAUCGCGUCCAGUAAAAAAUGUUGCUGAUAUUUUUUACUGAAAUUUCUGGUAUCGACUUAAAUUGAUAUAAUAAAUAUGCCAGAGGAAUUUCAGAAAAAUCGUUGGAGCAGAAGUCCGUAACUAAAAGUCGCUCAAAAUUCAGCUGUGAAAUUGUUUUGGAAUUUCAAAAAUAAAUUACUAUCAGGAAGAAGGAGACAUCACUUUGAAUUUUCGGGACAAGUAAAUUCAGUGACUGCUAAUUCUGAAAACAGAAGCCGAUUGCCUAUCGUGCUAUUCUUUAAAAGGUACUUUUCAGUUUUAGAAGCACUACAUAUUGCUCCCAACUUUGCUUUAACGUCGAAUGACUUGUUCCUCGACAUUUUAAAAAUAUCCCUUGGCAGUUUUGGUUCAAACUCCUGCUACAUACAUUUUGAUGUAUUGUAAUGCAUCCUCAACGGCUUUUCCUGCUGUACGUUGUUUCCAGUUCAGGAAAAAGGUAUUGGGAUUGUAAGCUACCUUGUAUCGAAGCCCAGAUAGAACUGUCCAGCACCUUUGUUUAUGACCAGAAAAUGGGCACGAGCGGCAGCCCAGCGAGGAAUUCGCACCUCAGCCAGGGGGGACGAAUGACAAUGAUGCCCAUGUCUGUGAACCGAUCUGCAUAAACAUGCAUUGCAGAGAAAAAAAUUAUAAUCAAGAAAAAAAUACCCAUUCAUUGAAGGAAGGAGUGACAAAAAUUUCAGAGUUGUAAAUUUAUUCACGGGCAGUAUUUUUGCGAUAAUUUUAUUUUGCAGUGUGAUGUUAUUUGGUUCACAGGCAUGGUCAUCAUUGUCGUUCGUCCCCCCUGGGUGAGGUGCGAAUUCCGCGCAGAAAGGCCGCUCGUGCUCAUUCUUUAGUCAUAAACAAAGGUGCUGGAGAGUUCUAUCUGAGCUCUGAUACGAGGUAGCGUCCAAUCUCAAUAUUUUUUUCCUGAGUUGGAAGCAACGAACAGCAGGAAAAGCCGUUGAAAAUGCAUUGCAAUACAUCAAAAUGUAUGCAGCGGGAGUUUGAGCCAAAACUGUCAAGGGAUAUUUUAAAACUGUCGAAGGACAAGUCAUUCUUCUUCAGAGCAAGGUUUGGAGCAAUUUAUAGUGCUUCUAAAACAAAAAAGUACCUUUUAAAGAAUAGCACGAUAGGCAAUCGGCUUUUGUUUUAAGAAUUAGCAAACGUUGAAUUUACUUGUCCCGAAAAUUCAAACUGGUGGCUCCUUCUCCCUGAUAGUAAUUUAUUUUUGAAAUUCCAAAACAAUUUCACAGUUGAAUUUUGAGCGACUUUUAGUUACAGACUUCCGCUCCAACGAUUUUUCUGAAAUUCCUCUGGCAUAUUUAUUAUAUCAAAGAAAGCCGAUACCAGAAAUUUCAGUAAAAAAUAUCAGCAAAAUUUUUUACUAGACGCGAUUUUCUUUGAACAGUAGGGUCCUUUUAAGCGCUAAUUUCUCAAGAAAUAUUUACCAUCAAUGAAAUCGGAAUAUUUCGUAUUAUUGCCGAACGAUAUCUGUUUCUGUUUGCAAAGUGUCGCAGCCAUCCCGUUAAAAACCAAAAAGUUAUGACGGAAAAUUUGUCACAGCAAAAAGCUCUAGUAUAAAUUACGGAGCCACCUUAAGCAUGACAAAGGGUGCCCUGAAAACACCUUGGUUCUCGCCUGCCUACAGGAGAAUGUUAAAGUUGGCAUAAAAAAAGUGAUGGCCAAAAUUUUUGUUCAAGAUCCUUUUAACCCAAUAUGCUUUUCGGAAAAUUCAGAGAAAUACAUUGAGGUAGAUAGCAUUAUUUGUAUCUUGACGACCUACAAACAUAAUCAAGAUGUUUUGGAACUUAAGGAGGAAGAGCUAAUCCUACUUCAGGAUGAAAUUCAACAGACAAGUGAUGUCCUCACUCUUACAGAGGCGACAGAAAUUUCUGCUGAUGAACCAGAGGUGAUGCGGCAUUCAUCAAGGAGACGAAAGAGGCGUUUUGCUGAAGAUUAUCUCUACUAUGACUAA